AUGAAUGAAACAGCUAAUCGGUCCAAACUCCGUCAACUGGAUAAGCUGAUUAUCAAAGUGAGAAAAAAUAUAAAUAUGGUAACCGCGGAAGUACAACUGUCUAAUACUGAAACGCAUAAGAGUGGCCUAUCUGAAUUAGAAAAGAAAGCUCGAGAAGAGAUUCUUAAGGAUGCUAUGUUGGGUAUUCGUCGCUACGAAAUAACUGGACCACAGGGCUGGAAAAAGCCAAGCUGUUUAAAAACGAAUAAGAAAUUUCUCGAACGAAUGUUACGUUCAUCAGGAUCGAAAUCGAGUAAAUAA